ACACACAAACGUUUAUGGCCAGAAGCUGUCAAUAGUUUUCAUUGAAUCUUUAUUAAAUUACAAAAGAAAGGACUAGAUUUCUGUUUUGGGGAAAACUUUGUGGCGUGGGAGAGAGUCAAAGCUUUUCAUAUAAAGCUAACCAAAAAAAGGGCUAACUUUCUAUUGGUAUUUGUAAAAAGGUCCCUUUCUUGAAUGUGAUGAGUUUGUGCCCAUUCUCAUUGAGCCAAGCAGACAGCUAACGUCAUUUUGCACUUCACUGCACGCUUCAGAGCGACUGGGAUAGUGAGAGAGUGCGCACGCAGCAAGCACUGACUUCUUUAUUUCAGAGCUGUGGAGGCAUCUAGAUUCAGUUUUACAUAUUCAGAUUUCUAUCCGUUGGCCAGGAUUCAAGAAAACAGGACAGAAAAGAAUGCAGGUAUUACACACAAGUUCAAAAACAUAAAGUUUAUUGAUUGGUUAUUCGUAAUAAUUACAUGUGGUCAGUUCAUUUGGGAAGAUCAAGCCAGCCAACCCCCUCCUUUUGUGUAUGUAAAAUUAAAUGUGUUUGUUUAAAAUUGACAAUGAGAGCCUUUCUUCCUACCCUUUCCAAGUACAUGCCCCCCCACCAUUUUCUUUUCUUUUGAAAAAGUCAAAUCCAUUUCUUACUGCAUGAAUGGAAACCAAAAGACGGAAACUUCUAGAGAAACAAAGUAACUUUUUUUUCAUUUUAGUUUUUUUCUGUGUAUUUCGAAAGAAAGAUACUGUACUAUUUGCAGACUCUUACUAACGCUCUUGUUUUCUUAUUUUGUCUCUCUUGGUUUUUUCACAACUGAUAUUGUUAUUUAGAAGGUUUCAGGUGGGUGAAACUAUUCCAGCGUAGGUGCCUCGCUGAAAGGAACUCUAGGGCAGCAUCACUCCUCACCUCCUCUUCCAGCUCCGGCCGCCCCCGACAAAGUCGAAAAAUAUGGCCUGCUACCUGAAAGCCAUUGAGACUCAGCCAAACUUUGCUGUGGCUUGGAGUAACCUGGGCUGUGUCUUUAACGCCCAGGGGGAGAUCUGGUUGGCCAUUCACCACUUUGAAAAGGCUGUAACUUUAGAUCCCAAUUUCCUGGAUGCCUAUAUUAACUUGGGCAACGUGCUGAAAGAAGCCCGCAUUUUUGACAGAGCUGUUGCUGGUUACUUGCGAGCUCUCAGUCUGAGCCCAAACCAUGCUGUAGUGCAUGGGAACCUGGCGUGUGUUUAUUAUGAGCAGGGCUUGAUUGACCUAGCCAUUGAUACAUACCGCCGUGCCAUCGAGCUGCAGCCACACUUCCCUGAUGCCUAUUGUAACCUGGCCAACGCCCUCAAGGAGAAGGGCAAUGUAAGAAACUACACGGUUGCUGAAGCAGAGGAGUGUUACAACACAGCUCUACGACUGUGUCCCACCCAUGCUGACUCCCUGAAUAACCUGGCCAACAUCAAGAGGGAGCAGGGCAACAUAGAGGAGGCAGUGCGGCUCUACAGGAAAGCCUUAGAGGUGUUCCCAGAGUUUGCAGCAGCGCAUUCAAACUUGGCCAGUGUAUUGCAGCAGCAGGGCAAGUUGCAGGAGGCACUAAUGCAUUACAAGGAGGCCAUCAGAAUAAGCCCUACCUUUGCUGAUGCCUAUUCCAACAUGGGCAACACUUUGAAAGAGAUGCAAGACAUUCAGGGAGCUUUGCAGUGUUACACACGUGCCAUCCAGAUAAACCCUGCCUUUGCAGAUGCACACAGCAAUCUUGCCUCCAUUCAUAAGGACUCUGGAAAUAUCCCUGAAGCCAUUGCUUCUUAUCGGACUGCGCUGAAACUGAAGCCUGAUUUCCCAGAUGCUUAUUGUAAUCUGGCACACUGCCUGCAGAUUGUCUGUGACUGGACCGAUUACGAUGAGAGAAUGAAAAAGCUGGUGAGCAUUGUGGCUGAUCAGCUUGACAAGAAUCGUCUUCCCUCUGUGCAUCCUCACCACAGUAUGCUGUACCCCCUGUCUCAUGCCUUCCGUAAGGCCAUCGCAGAGCGGCACGGGAACCUGUGUUUGGACAAAAUAAAUGUUCUUCACAAGCCACCUUAUGAGCACCCAAAGGAUUUGAAGGCCAGCAACGGCCGUCUCCGUAUUGGUUACAUCAGCUCUGAUUUUGGAAACCAUCCGACCUCCCAUCUCAUGCAGUCCAUCCCUGGCAUGCACAAUUCAGAGAAAUUUGAGGUGUUCUGUUAUGCGCUCAGUCCUGAUGAUGGCACUAAUUUCCGUGUGAAAGUGAUGGCUGAGUCGCACCAUUUCACAGACCUGUCCCAGAUACCUUGUAACGGAAAGGCAGCAGACAGAAUUCACCAGGACGGGAUUCACAUUCUCAUCAACAUGAAUGGCUACACCAAGGGCGCACGCAAUGAGCUGUUUGCUCUGCGUGCUGCACCGUUACAGGCAAUGUGGCUGGGAUACCCUGGAACAAGUGGUGCGCCCUUCAUGGAUUACAUCAUCACUGAUAAAGAGACGUCUCCACUAGAGGUGGCAGAACAGUAUUCUGAGAAACUGGCUUACAUGCCCAACUCUUUCUUUAUUGGGGACCAUGCCAACAUGUUCCCACACCUCAAGAAAAAGGCAGUGAUUGAUUUCAAGUCCAACGGACAAAUAUUUGACAAUCGCAUUGUUCUAAAUGGGAUUGAUCUGAAGGCCUUCCUGGACAGUUUACCAGAUGUGAAGGUGAUCAAGUUGAAGUGUCCUGAUGGCCAGGAAAGUGACAGCAACUCUGCUCUCUCAAUGCCAGUCAUCCCCAUGAACACAGCUGCUGAGGCCAUCAUUAACAUGAUCAACCAAGGCCAGAUCCAGGUCACCAUUAAUGGUUUCACUGUAAGCAAUGGGCUUGCCACAACCCAGAUUAAUAACAAGGCAGCAACUGGUGAGGAGGUCCCUCGCUCCAUCAUUGUGACAACACGUUCUCAGUACGGGUUGCCUGAGGAUGCAAUUGUGUACUGCAACUUCAACCAACUGUACAAGAUUGAUCCCCAGACUUUGCAGAUGUGGGCAAAUAUCCUGAAGCGUGUGCCAAACAGUGUUCUGUGGCUGCUGCGAUUCCCUGCUGUGGGGGAGCCCAACAUUCAGCAGUAUGCCCAGAACAUGGGACUGCCAGCCAACCGCAUCAUCUUCUCCCCUGUUGCGCCAAAGGAGGAGCAUGUGCGCAGGGGUCAGCUGGCAGAUGUUUGCCUGGACACCCCACUUUGCAAUGGGCAUACCACAGGCAUGGAUGUGUUGUGGGCUGGAACACCAAUGGUCACCAUGCCGGUUCUGGUAGGACAAGUUUGGAAACAGUCAGUCAUCAGCUGUGGAAAGAUGUUUCUCCCAGGAGAGACUCUGGCAUCCCGAGUAGCUGCAUCCCAACUCACCUGCCUUGGUUGCACUGAGCUGAUUGCUCAAAACCGCCAAGAAUAUGAGGAUGUGGCAGUCAAACUGGGAACAGAUAUGGAGUACUUGAAGAAAAUCCGAGCCAAGGUGUGGAAGCAGCGUAUCUGCAGUCCACUUUUUAACACCAAGCAGUACACCAUGGACCUGGAGAAGCUCUAUCUACAGAUGUGGGAGCACCACAGCGCUGGAAAUAAACCUGAACAUCUCCUCAAACCCAAAGCACUGGAGACCACGGAGACCGCCUGAGCAGGGACUCUGCAACAGUGGUUUCCCAGCAUGUCCUUGCAUUCUCCUUUUGUCUUUGUUUUUUAUUGUGAACACAUUUUCCUGCAGCCUUGUUGAAAGAGACUUCAUUUGCCAGAGAGCUUUCUAGCUGCAAGGGGGUUUGUCUUUUUUUUUUUUUUUUUUUUUUU